CUCCUGAGAAGCCCUGGCCCCUUGGGCAAAAUUUUGCCCGCGUGGGGCUGAUAGGGAAAGAUGGAAUUUCUUGGAACCAUUCAGACAGCUAGUUACUGUGGCUCCAAGAAAGACUGUAGCUUGCAGUGGCCGCCCCCUGCUGGGCAGGACCCUGUGGUACAGGCUUGCUACCCACCCUUUCACCUGCCCCGGUGCCGCUGUGCGUGGAGACCCAGAGUCUUCUACAAUAUCGCCUCCACCCAGAAAAGCCCGGAGGAUAGCACACGCGACCGGCGGCCGUCCACUACCCUGCCCACGCUCCACUCCCCGCAGGCCAAUCGCUAUACCCAACGCGAAUGGAAACGCUCUAAUGAUCUGCUCAUCAGUAUUGCAGAGGCUUCCCGGCUCCGGGCCAGCCGGAUGACAGACGACUCCCUGCGGAUCAUGCAGGAUAAGGAGCAGCUGAUACGCCAGAUGCAAGAGGGAACCUCCCGGAACCUGGGCCAGAGGCUAUUGGACAUCCGCUUCUGGAAGUCCGGGUUGUGCCAUGAGCGGGACAUGCUCAUGGCGGAGAACAACAACUUGAAAACCCUCAAGUUGCGCUUGGAGAGCACCGCGGCGGAGGUGCUGGGGCAGGUGGCCCUGGACUGUCUGUACAGUCAGGAGAAAAGGAUCGGGAUUGACCUGGUCCAUGACAACGUGGAGAAAAACCUCCGGGAAGCAGAUUUACUGAGACGUUGCCAAGAUCAGAUGAGAAAAUUAGCUAAACGAAUUGAUUUCCAGAUGCAAGAUAAUCGAGAUGCUCAACAUGUCCUAGAGCAAGACAUCCAGGACAAGAGCUCUGCACAGGCUAUUGACGAGAGAUGUCUAAACCUACAAAACACAUCUGAAUCCAUUAACUUCUUCCGUGGCAUGGAGAAAUUUGACGAAAUGAUCUCCGUUCCCGAAACCUGGGCCAAGUUCAGCAAUAACAAUAUCAGACACGCUCAGAAUAUGCGGGCCAAGUCCGUCCAGCUGCGGGAGGAGGCAGAGCACCUGUUUGAGACCUUGUCAAGCCACAUGUGGAGGCAGUUCACCAACAUCAACCUGGCCUACCCCGCUGCCCAACCUGGAGCUCUACAGGGACGUGGCAAAUACCAAAUUCGACCCAGCAGCUGCAGAGCAGCUUUCUAGGAAGGGAGAAACCACUCAGAAACCAGCAGUUGUAGUUCAAUCCAGAAGAAACCUCCAGGCCUUUUAUUUUCUUCUUUUUUAUACUCAGUCACCUUUAUUAGUUAUACCCCAGGUUAUUUUUUCUUAAAAUAAUAUUUCACACCAUUAAAGCAACAGCACCACAUUAAAUUCAUGCAUCCCAAAUACAUGUGUCUGGAUCUUUACAGGUGAUAGAUUAAAAAAAAAAUCUCAAUAAAAAAAAAAAAGCA